AUGGCUCCUGUGUGCAGUUUCAGGCUGGCCCGCCUGUCCAGCUGGCGGGUCCAUGCGGGGCUGGUCAGCCACAGUGUGGUCAGACCCCAUGAGGACCUGUGGCGGAGAGGGUCAUCCCCCACCCUCUACAGUGCUCGGAAUUACAACUACGACGUUGCUCUCCUGCGGCUCAAUUUCUCAGCCCAUGGCUGGGACACGCUGCAGGACACGCUGCAGGACACGGUAGUGCUGCUGCUCAGCACCCAGCUCUGCAACAGCAUCCGCGUGUAUAAUGGGGCUGCCCCCGUGCUGUGUGCCAGCUACCUGAACAGGAGGGCUGAUGCCUGCCAGGUGUGGCAGCAAGGGGGCCAAGGAGGAAGGGAGGACCUGGUGUGCCCAGAUGGGGGCACAUGAUGCCUCGGAGGGGUGGUCAGCUGGGGCCGGGGCUGUGCAGAGCCCAAGCACCCUGAGGUCUAUGCCAGGGUUGCUGAGCUUUUGGACUGGAUCCAUGACAUGGUGCGGGUGGGUGGUGGUGAGAGCAGUGCCUCCUUAGAGGAGCCCCUGGCCCUGGAGGCUCCUGGGAGAUGGGGUCAAGGUUGGACAGUCCAGAUUAAGCCCAUGGAGUCAGGAUCCUCCCCACUCUCCAUGGAGGAGGAUAAAGGGAACCUGCUGAGAGAGUUUGCGGACAGCGAGUCCCUGCUUGCCGAUAGGAGCUCCUGCCAGCAGACCAGGCAGAUGUGCAGACUCCGAGGCUCUGACCUGCCCUCCUAUUGA